AUGGAAGCAUACAAAAAGCUUGUGAUCAUUGCAGCUUUGGUGUUGGCAUUGGCCAUUGGGUCCAAUGGUCAGGGACAGAGCUCCAUCUGCCGCAUGACCAAAGACGGCUUCGUGGCCUGUGCUCCGUCAGUGACUGCGACUCCUGGGGUUAGCCCUGCAGCCCCCACAGCCGAGUGUUGCUCAGCUCUUUCCGUCGCCGACUUCCCAUGCCUGUGCUUCUUCAUGAGAAACUCGAAGCUUCUCACUACCUAUGGAGUCGACCCUAACCUUGCCAUGCAGCUCCCUGCUAAAUGCAAACUUGCCCGGUCUGUGCAUUGCUAA